AUGAAUUCAGUGGAGGAUUUCUUUGUGACCAGGACAGCAUAUCAUAAACUCACGGCCGCUUGGGGCUCCAACUACUCAAAGAUCAUUAUGAUGCUUGGUACUGGUGUCGGUGAUAUACUGGCAUGUGCAAGACUUGCUUAUAAGCUCUACCAGGAGCUGUCUGAAACAAAUGGCUUCUUUAGAGAGUACCGAACUAUAUCUUCACGGCUUCUUACUGUCCAUAAAGCCCUACUUCAGGUGGAACAACUCAGGGCGGCUAAUCAGUUGACUCAAUCGACCUUGAAUGCCAUUCGCUUCUUGGCGAGCAAGAUGAGCGAGGCCAUCAAUGGUUUUGUAAACAGAUUAGAAGGUCUUCGUGCAUCUCAAGCUGGAUGGUCUGGAUUGGCACUGAAGGAUAUCUUCUCACCGGGUAAACCAUCAUCAGAGAUGACAGAUGAGGUUAUUUUAUCUAAUAUAUGCUGUUGA